CGCGUGACGCUUUUCUUUCCUUCACUUCCACAACGCACGCAAGAAAGACCAGGCGGCAGAGACCACGAUGGCGUCGUCGCGCGAUGUCAAGGACAUUAUGGGCCUGGCUGCCCAGAAUGGCGCUGCUCCAGCAGCGGCGCCGGCGCCCAAGAAGCCGAAGCCCGUUGCAACCAAGAGACUGACUGGAAUCAAUAGAGAAGUCCUGGCCCUCCAUGGCGACCGCGCCCCCCCUGUCUCCAUCCUCGACUCAACCAAAACUUUCCGCGCAAAGCUUAAGCGUGACUUCAAGCCUGCUCACUGGGAAUUCGCGCCAUUCACCAACGAGGCUCGCACAGACGGUCUCCGGCUGCGUCACUGGAAGAGACAUAAGCCCAACAAGGCUCCUGCUGCCGCUGCAGCUCCAGAUGCCGGUCCAGACGCAAUGGACAUCGAGAACAAGGACCCCGAUGCGUCUGAGCCGUACAGAUUUGCCAAAUAUAACGUCGAUAUAUCGGUUCCACAGUACGAUGAUGAGAAGUACGAGGCACACCUCAAGAGCGACGACUGGAGCAGAGAAGAGACGGAUUACUUGAUCGGGCUAGUGAAGGAAUAUGCUCAGAAAUGGCCCAUCAUCAUAGACCGGUACGAGUGGCCACCCGGUGCUUCCUCGGACGACGCCACGGCUCUGGCCAGACCACAGGACGCAAGGACGCUGGAGUCGCUCAAGGCUCGUUACUAUCAAGUAUGGGCAAAAUGUUUAGCAUUGGAACAUGGAGGAGAGUCCGGGAUGAACGAGACCGAAUUCGCCCUGUACGAAACCCUUACCAAGUACAGGCCGGACUUGGAGCUCCAGCGCAAGGAGCUUGGCUGGCGACUGUUCGAGCGUCCGUUGGAAGAGAUUCGAGAGGAGGAAUAUCUACUGGCGGAGCUACAGCGCAUCAUGAUCUCAGCACAGAAGUUCGAGGCCGAGCGCGCAGAAGUUCGACAACGACUGGACCAUCCAACGUCGAGGCCGGGCAACGUGCCUUCUACAUUUGCAGAACUCAACCAGUUGUACAACCAGCUCUUUGCUCAGGAUAGGAACAGGCGAGCGCGCGGCCGCCUUUCCAUGAACACGAAUGAACUGGCUACCCCUGGUGGACUCACGAACGGCACGAAUGCUUCAACAACACACCAUCGCGAGCCCGCUCAAAACACUACACAGGUCAAAAAGGGCGGCACGUCCGCGUCCCAGCCGGUGCGCCAGCUGGACGCUCGUGCCGAGAAAAAAUACGGCAUCACGACGCACGACCGCCUCACUUCAGGUGUUACCUUCCGCUCAGACAAACUGCUCAAGAUGCGACAGGCCAAGUCGCAGAUUCAGACGCAAAAGAUCACCGCUGCUCUGGUCGAGCUCGGUGUUCCGGACGUUCUUCAACUACCAACUCAGCGCGUCAUGGAUGCGUUCGAGACCUUGAUUCAGAAGAUACAGAAGCUCGUCGACGCAAGAAAAGUGCUCGAAAAAGAGGAGGCGGAGGCACGUGUGCAAGGAGGACUACGCAAGGAGCUGCAGAAGGAGAAGACUGAAGGGGAAGCUGGUACGGAAGUGAAACGAGAAGAAGAGCCUCCGCGCGCUGAAGAAGAGGAUGAUGAAGAGGACGAGGAAGAGGCGAAAGGCGCCGGAGAAGAGGAGGGAGAUGAUGAGGACGAAGACGAGAAAGACGCCGAAGGGGAGGACGAAGAAGGCGAGGGUAGUCAAUUUGACGGCAACGAGCCGGAGGAAGAGGAGGACGGCGAUGCCGAUGCUGAUGCCGAUGGCGACGAAAUGGAAGUUGAUUGAUUGGCAAGAUCCGAGCUACGACAUUUUCAGCAGAAACGUCUUGGUAUAGAGCAUUUGAGGACGAUGGCAAUCUGUCAAAACUGGCCAAUUCCAGUCGGAACUCAACCGAUGUGCCAAGACAAAGUUCAUUUGUUCAAAGCUUUGCUCGCUCGCUCGGACAGACUUUAGCCGAUUUAGACGGAGAAUCUUGCCACAGACGACACAGACCCUCGUUCGAGUCUCCAAGAACAGGAUCCUGCGGCGGCUUCGGGACGGACCAGACCUGCUCAUACUGCCCCUUGGCUUCGCCGCCAACUGCAAAGUCCCAAACGCCACCUUUCGGAUAUGCCCCGAUCAUGGUAAAUCCGGACAGCUCGAUUUCGGACAAUGCUUUGCCCACGUCAUCGGCCUGGAUGCCGUGACCGUCGCCGGGCGUGAGCAGCUUUAUGGUUCCGCCGUCGGUAGCGUCAAACGUCUUGUGCGAAACGCCAGCUGGAAUGAUAAAUACAUCUCCUGGCCUCGCCUGCAAUUCUAUGCCCCCGGACUCAUAUCCCUUCCCGUACGUGCUCUCGUCAAGAUCGUCACUCGUGUCCGCAACGCCAAAGCGUAUCGUUGCAUGCCCUGUCAAGACGGCCAUGCAUUCGUGCGUCUUGGAGUGAUAAUGCGAGACCUGGGACUUUCCGUAUCGAAAGAUCCACUGCGUCUCCCAUCCGUUGCGCGCAAAGAGCUGGUGCACCUUUUCUGGCGAUGCAUUCAUACCAGAUAGCACGCCAGGAUAAUGGAUGAGCGGAAAGUUGGAGUUCGGAACGAGAUCCGUCGGCGGUAGAUUGUACGUUCUGGCGACCACCAUGGUUUUCGAUUUUCUCUUGUCGCUGUUGUCUGAAAAUCAAGGGGUUCAGGUCGGAACCGUCUCGCUUGAAAUUUUCGAAGUCUCCGCGUCAUAUCAUCUUUUUAUCUCAAGUAAAACGAAGAUCGAAGUGACGUUAGCAUACCGUAGCUGGAUUCGGAUAUGCUUUCCGUUUCCCCACCUAACAGGCAUAUCUCGAGUUACUCCAUGAGUUUCCCGUUCUGGUCUGCUGCGCUUAUUGGUCGCACCAUGUCUUCGCGCUUCUGGGCGUAACGACGACAUUGACAAUCGAGAACAGCUUUCUCAACUUCUUGCCCACGGCUUCGUCUUCAAAUGUAUUUGUCCACAACAAGACUUGAAAAGCCUUCUUCCGCUAUCGGAGAGCGGUUUCUCGAAGUCCAUUGUCCAUUGAGCGAAGAGCGGCAGCGUCGUCUCUCCGCUACGCCGCACAGCUUCCAUGUACCAUAGACCGAAACCUCGCUCCACUUUGGCAGCUACUCAUCUUUCCUGCAUUUCUCUUGUCUCGUUGAUCCGCUAGUCGAUCUAUGCACAAACGGCUUGGUGUUUGGAAGUUCUGGCUCAAGAUCUUGUCCCAUCUGGGCAAAUGGAAGACUAAACUCCGUUCUCUAAGAGUAUCGUCCUCCCCGAGUUUCUUAGCUUACUCUCGCAGAUGUUCCAAGGCUUUUUUUAUUCUCAAGCUUGGUCCUUUGGUGACGCCGUACGUAUGCACAUCAUCCAGUGAAUGAUGAAUUUGCAGCUUCUACCGUGGUCUUCAGCCGCAUGAGAAUUCAAGAUGAUCAGAGCGACCGGCCGAAAUUGCCGCACCCGGAGCUAUUGCGAGGGCGAGGCAGCAGCAACUGUUCUACGGGAUCUGUUCUAUGUUUCCUUUUCUCAUGCUGUGCGGCGAGUCAAAUUGUGUGGCCAGACAACCAUUCAACAUUAUUAAAGGUCCAGAAAGAGCGAUUCUGAGUACAUCCCCGAUCGGGAAAGAUCUUGAAGCAAGGUUGUAGGAAUAGGAUUUGCAUACUGGCCAUAGAGCAAACCCCAGCUUGCGGCAAAUUACAUCAAUGCGUGGUUCAUCGAGUGGACGGAAUGGACGACCUGUAUCAGGCGGCGUCGAUUAAACCUACCGACGAUGCAUAGUUCGCGGAAUAAAGGUGCAUAUAAAUCAGGGGCCAUACGGCAUGGCGUGCCUCCAUUGAGCGUCUAAUGUAAUCCUCCUUCCAUGGGCUCAUUGAACUUAGCUUAGAGCAGGUCCGUGACACAAUCACCAGCACAUUCUUUGGUUCAGAUGAAAUUCUGCGGAUUUCCGAGUCACAGUCAUUGUAUCUUUCCUUUCGCAAUGACCCACUAUUAGCACUUGUCCACUGGCCGUUUAUAUUGAGCGCCCUGUACUGCAAAACACAGGUGUCCUCCUCGUUAUUCAUUAGAAGGCAGCAUCAUAAUCCAACAUACGACCAACUGCAACAUUUGCAGCUUCUAGAAUACCUUGGCUUCUUUAGGAGCUUCUGCCAUUGGAGCAUCCUCAAACGCACCGCAAUCUACAUUAACAUACGUUAUCGCCAAAGGCAGCG